GCUGCACGUCAGUUCGUUAAACUGGAAUGGAGUGAAACGAAACCAUACACGUGUUAUGUUGAUGCACACAGACAUAUCUAUUUAUUAAAAUGACUGUACAUCGACGAGGAAUCAUUAAAAACCCAGAAAGUAGCGCCAUUGAGAAAAAAAUUAAGAGGGGAAAUGCUCAGAGACAGGCUUCAUCUGGGAGAGGUAAGGCGACCAUCCUGCUGCUGCUGCUGAUAGCAGUUACUGGACUAGUGAGCUGGAUGUAUUUCACAUGGACUGAUGACUUUACACACACCUUGGUCUCAAGAGGGGAGAUCCUCACUCAGCCAAGAGUUUUCAUGGUUGACUGCUCAGAGGACUACAAAAAGUACAAGCACUUUCCAGGUUGCACCCCAACAAAAUGCGGCAGAGCCAUUUCAGACAAUGUCGUGACUUUGGAGGAGGCACAAAGGCUUAGGAGGCUAGCUGAACGGGGGUUAUCACUUGCUGGCUCAGAUGGAGGUGCCUCCAUCCUGGAUCUUCACUCUGGGGCACUGUCGAUGGGGAAGCAGUUUGUGAAUGUAUACAGAUAUUUUAAGGAUGAGAUAAGAGAUGUUUUCACUGAAGAAGAUUUUGAGCUGUAUAGGGAUGUCCGUGGCCGAAUUCAAAAUGCGAUAGCCGAAACGUUCGGUCUGGACUCCACACAGAUGUAUCUCACCAAACCUACCUUCUUCUCACGGAUCAACAGCACCUCUGCCAAAACCACUCAUGAUGAGUACUGGCACCCACAUAUCGAUAAGGAGACCUAUGGAUCCUUUGAUUACACAUCGUUACUAUACUUGUCUGAUUAUGGUGUGGAGUUUGGUGGUGGACGGUUUGUCUUCAUGGACCCCAAAACCAACAGAACAGUGGAGCCACUUACUGGUCGGGUAUCGUUCUUCUCAUCUGGUUCUGAGAACCUCCACCGUGUGGAGAAGGUUGAAUGGGGCACACGAUACGCCAUUACGGUGUCCUACACAUGUGACCCUGAUUAUGCCAUUGAUAACCCCUCCCUGCCGUAGAAUCUACCUGGCUCCAGGCGAUCCAUGAGUGACGGGAACCCUAGAACAAACAGAAAAAUGUUGAAAUACACUCAUCUGGCACUUUCAACAGUUUUGUUUAUGGCAAGAAAAGCUUUCUUGGACUUGUUUGAAUUUUUUAGGUGGAUGUGCUGCAUUGCAUUGGAUUUUUUUCUCCUUUUUCUUCCUUAUUAUUUUGAGGGGAUUUACUGGAGUUGCCAUCAUUUUGCAGAUGUGCAUUGUGUGGUUUUGACUUUGAAUCAGAAGGCACUUCUUUAAAAUUGCAUUCUCUCUUGUCUGGCUGUAUUUCACUCUUUAAAACCUUAUAUAUUAUUAUUCUUAAAUCACUGUCUAGACAUAUGGCACAAGCGGGAUGACAGAGCAGGUGUAUGUAAUGAAAAGAAGGGAUUGGAAAAACGGGCUUUCAGUUCUCUCUACUUAUGUCUCUACCUGAAAAACGUUCUUUGUAAAAUGACUUUCAACAAUGAAAUGUCAAGGCAUCUGAUAACUAACAAGAACGAAAAAGGUGUUCUCUUCAAUCAUGUCUUUCUACUUGCUUUUUAAACAGAAAAAUAUUUUACUAUCUUUCAAGAAAACGUUACCUUUUUUUUGUAUCUUUGCUGAAAGGCUGUUAUUACAAUAUUCACAUGGCGCUUGAUCAAUAUCAAAUGGCCACUCUUUUAUAUUUCCAGAUGAGGGACCACAAGGGCCAAAUGAUGAUGUGUUUUAACAUUUCAAUGUCAAGUACAAAAGUUUGUUUUGAGGAUCUCAUGAGCUUUUGGAAACACAUUUGCUCUCUAGGCUUGGAAACUCAUUAAGUGGUAUAAGUCAAACUCAGCACGUCAGAACAACUCACUUUUUUGACAACUUGUUUUGAGAUGUAACAGCUAAUUGGCUGCUCUGUUUACAGGCCUGAACCAAAUCUAAAUGCUCUUACCUUCGCUGUGUGAGUUGAUGGUAGAUUCAAAAGAGAAGGGUGUUACUUCUCUCGUGUAUAAGAGAGUAAAAUGUAGGUUACCGUUGAAACCUUCACGUCAAGGAAUAGUAUGUUUUUUAGGCCUUGUGGUACAUAUCUGUCAAAACCUGUCACAGUGGUGAAUUGUAGGGGGUGACAAAAAGGCAAACAUGCUUUUCUUGGAUUUUUAGGCAAAUUCUAAAUCUGUUUCUACAUAUGCAGCCUGUUUUUCAACUGCAUGCUUUAAUAUUAUAAUAAUAGCACAAGGACACUGUUUACAAUGCUUUUCUAUGUCUGCUGAUGAGUGAUGAUUCAUGGCCAGAAUUAUAUACUUAGAUACUUAAUUUGCUCUUCCUGUUUUGUGCUGUAACAGCCUAAUUGGAAAUCUCUCUUGGCCUGUAGUGUUCCUUUUUUCAAUUGCUUAUUCGUUAAUGCUUUACUGUAAGAAUGAAUAUGAACUAGUGCAAAGAAUGUUGCUAAAUUCACCAUUUCAGGUUUAUGCAAAACAAGCAGGUCUUUGCCAACAGCAAUCAGAGUCUCAUGUCUCAGACCAGUUCCCAACAGUGUCUGUUCUGACUGGGCUUAACCAUUGAUUUAUUUUCACUGGAUGCAAUACACUGAAAUAUAAUCCGUCCGUUGCUUUUUUAACUGUGAUGAAAUGAAUUUGUUUGAGAUGAUAGGGUUGAAUAUGUUGCCUGGGCAUCAUUUUUAUAGAUGUUUGUGUUUGUUUGUUUUGAAAAUUGUGGAGAAUACACACUUGUGAAAUAAGUAUAAGAUCACAUUUAUGUUGAAAAUUUUUACAUUUACAUUGGUAACGCAUGCCCUGUUUGUGUUUUAUCAUGCAGGAUAUGAAUUUUACAGUAGAUAUCUAAAAAUGCUGAUUCUUGGUCUCAGCGAUGGAAUUAUACGUGAUUGACAAUUUGUGCUAUUGAUAAUUUGGUUUCACUAAACUUUGAAAUCCUUAUCAAAAAUUAUGUAAUUACUUUAGGAAAUACCCAUUCUUGUGUUAUGUUAAUUUCAGAUAUCUAUAUGAUUGUAACUAGUAAGAAAGCCUUUUAAGAUACUGUAUUUAAGAUAUAUAAGAUAUUAACUUUUAUUCUUCAGUUUAAUGAAAUACUGAAUUUAACAUGUUUAAAUUAAUAUACAGGUAUCAAGAAUUAGCAUUUUUCCUAGUUACAAUUCAGUUGUUAUCCAGAAUGCACUAUUUGCACUAGUAACAAUGUAAUUAUUGAUUUAAAAAUUUGAAUUUUUAGUAGUAAGAAGCAGCUGAUAUGUGUAUUUGGAAAUUGUGUUUUGAAUAGGAAUGAAUGACACAUCAUUGUGGUUUUUAGUAGUUGAAAUUCCAUUUUUGAUUUGAAUAAUGGGUAUUUUCAUGAGUAAUUACAUAAUUUUUACUCUCAAGAAUUGUCAUUUUCACUAUAGUAAUUGUAUUGUUGUUAUCAACAAUUAGCAUUUAACUAGUGAAAGUUAAGUUGUUAUCUAUAAUUCAUAUCCAGCACAUGAUUAAAUGCCGAAAUGACUCGCGAUAACAUCGGAGUAGAACUGUCUCAGAGUGUGUGCUAGUUUGAUAUAUAUUAGUCCACUGGCCAACUAUGGUUUUGUGAUCCUUUUUAAAGCUUUUUAAUCUUUUUACGAUCUUUCUUAAUCUUAUAACAUUCUUACAUGUUAUAUAGUACUGAAGAUUAAAUUUGUCAGUGUAUUGGCUGAUUGCUGUAAAGGCUGAUUUUUAAUCAUUUUCAAACAUGAAUGUAAUUGUACAGCAGAUAAACUAAGCUUAUGGCAGAGGAGGUUUGCCAGUGGGUGUUGUGGUUUUGAUGGACAGAUGUUGCUAAUUAAACAAUAUGAGAAAACAAAUGAUGGAAACAUUCAAGUCUGCAACUAAACCACAAGACUCCCUUUCCAGCAAUUCACAAGAAAGUCUAGAUUGAUGUAACACAAGCUCCCCGCUGGUGAUACAGCAUUCCGCACUGUUUACGCUGAAGUAAUGGAUUUUGGAGUCAUUUCUUAUGACUACUCAUUUGCAGAGCCCAACAAUAACACAGAGUGAGAUUGUGAAUUAUUUAAUUUCUUCAGGAGACUGAUAAAUAUGAAAGAAAAUGUGCAACAUUUAACUGGCGCCUUCAAUUGGGGUUGUGCAGUAUAUUUUUAAAUGUGUCUUGGUUUAAUAUGAGUGCUUUCUCUACAGUGCCAUUAGGUAAAGUGAUACACUCUAUCUUCACAUCUGACUCAAAUUUUCCACUUUUGAUCUAACCCUUCCAUGAUAAAUGCUGCUUGUGAAUGUUUGCCAGUUGAUGAGUUCAGCACUGAGAGCUGCUUAAAAAUUCACAUAACAGGUUUGACCCUGGUUUGAGCUUCAGCCCACUCUUGAGUGUGAUGACUGCAUGGAAACGUCAGGCCCCAGUUGUAUGGCUUCUGUUCUUUUCUUUCUAGAGAAAUGUAGACUGUAAGAAUUAAUUAUAGCCUUCCACAUUCUCUGUGCUCCCAGAGGUAGAUGGAGUGAGUGAACAUAGGUUCUUUUUCCAUUUUACACAUCUGAAAAAUCUUUGAGUCCAUAAUGACACUGAGAACCAAAGUAGAACACCACAGGGGAUUGUUCUCUUUGCCAUGCAUAUGGAUAAUCUGCGUAAUUGGCUUGUUGUAUAGUUUAUUCUAUUUUAUAUUACUGAUCCAGAAUGAAAUGUUUUAUUUCCUUUUUAUCAAUAAAUACAAAUAUGAAAACCA